AUGUCUCGAAUUGCCUCCCUUGGGUUACAUACUCCUGCUGCGCUUCCAUAUUGCAUUACCGAAUCCCUCCUCCCCGACCCGCCUCCCCCUGGUUCCUAUACCUGGACCUCCGGCCUUCCUCAUGAAGAACUCCUGGUCACCGGAUACGCUGUAAUUUGGUCACAAGGCGGGGUAAUACGACGUGUUUUUCGCUACGAUGUCGAAGGGGAGCCAGUAGUUCAGGCAGUACUUACCUGGUUUCCCUCCGACGAUCCCCAGGAUGCGAGUAGGACGUAUGCUGCGCAAUUGGGGAACUUCCCGAAGGCAAAGGGGGGAGACACAAGUGGAGCGACGGCUGCAUCCGACGACACAGAGGAUGAGAUUGUAUCGCAGGGGAGAGCAAGGGCACUGGUCGUUUUACUGAAGACUCAGGCUUUUGUCUAUUUUCUUUCCGGGACAAGUCACGUUAUUCAUCUGCCGUUUGAGGUUGAGCACGCUAUGCCGGCCCCUCGAGGAUUAAUUCUACAGCGAAAACCGCCAGCGCUCUCAGUUUCACCACCAAUACCAGGAUUCUCUACGGGGAACAGCUUUAGUGCUCGGCCGGUGGUCAAUACGGUCAAAGAUGCUCCUAGGCUAUUCUCCUUAACAGAUCCAUUAUUGGAGGUUGGACUGAUCGUAUCGCCCGGAAACGCUCCAUCCGCCGAGGAUUUGAUUUUUAUCUCACCUUCUUCGGAGUUAGAGUUUCCCGCGUCUGAAGAUGCUUCCGGGAAUCCGGUUGCCCAUGGCAGCCCAGAAGUGAUUUUUGCGGUUACUAAAAAUCCGGAGAAAGCUCAAAUAACGAUAUGGAGUGUUCGAUAUAUUCCUCAAGAACCUCCCACAAAUACUCAGAGACGGACACCUAGCGCCAACUCUGGGACUGCUUCAGCUCGUCGCAGAUCCUCCUUUGGCCCAGGGACAGGUGCUACGACACCGGUUACCGGUGGAGGUCCCGGCUCUAUCACAUCUGCUGGAACGGUAGCAAACACCCGAGAAUCGCUGGGGCCAUCCGAUGCGAGCUCGCUUCCCGGAUUAGGUGAUGAUUUUGAGACUGGGGGGAAACGAACUAGUCGCCGAGUGUCAUCUCUGGUUGCUCGGGCAGACUUAUCUGGAAACCAUGAUCGGGGUGGAAGGUUUUCUGAUGUUUCUGGUUCGAUUGGUGCUUCAUUUAGUGCUCCACCAGUUCCUGCUGUACCAGCAAAUUCCAUGCUGGUUGAUAACGAUCAGCCUGUAGAUGAGCUGCUGAACGAGCUCAACAUGGGCGCGUUGGGCAUUGGAAUGGGUGGCCUUGGAAUUUACGAUGGAGAGGGAUUACGAAACGAAGUCUUCAUGAGCAAGCUGGAUACAUACACGUUCAGAGGCCCUUCAGACUCACAAGCAAGCCAUCCAACACGUAAAAUACCUCGAGUGUUUACCUUGCACGCUUCCAGCGCAUCGACGGCAGCGGCUGCUAUAGGAAGAGAUAAUGGUGGGAGAAAAGUUGUGCUUUGCGUCAUGAACUCUGACGAAGGGGUUCUACUACUUGCUACCUUUACACUUCAAAUAUACCCCUCGAUGCCCAAAGGAUAUAGCCGGAAGUCGAUGAACAAGUAUGGUAUCGUUGGUGUUGGUUAUACACCUGUUUUCUCUAAAGCUGAGACCAGGCACAAUGUUCUUGAUGCUAUAAAAAUGGACGAUCAUGGGGUUUCACGUAUCCUGAUACUUACUGAUGGCGGGGAAUUGUAUCUUUAUUCUCCUUGGGGCCCUAGUAUCCGAGUUGUAUUACCCCCAACCUUGGCUAGAUGGAACACCAAUGUGGUGGGUGAAGAUGGAAGCAGGCGGGGGAGCCGAAAGAAAGGAUUUGCUAGAACUCUAUCAACUAGUCCGGAUAGAUAUCAGAGACUCGAAUAUAGUGAAGCUGGUGGAAGAGUAACGGUGGUUGACGGAGAUGGCGUAGGCCAUAGAAUAGGUGUCACGAUGGCCCCAAGAGAGGCUUUAGUCAAGACCUGCUUAGAAACCGUAAAGGUUAUACUUGGGGCCUCAUCUGGCGCAAUAGCGGGAGAAGGAAUGUGGGGAACUUGGGUUGAAGUUGCAAAAUGGCUGAGCGUUAAUGAGCACCCUGAAUUCAACUUACCGUCUAUGACCGGGGCACCAUCUGGCCCCAGCAAAGUGCCAGAAGUGGAUGAGUGGCGGGCGUUCGUGAUCACGAUUUUUCUGCUUUCGGUCCCAUCAGUACCAGAGCCGAGGGUAGUACUAAAGAGGAAAAGCGCAGGUUUUGUUAGAAGCGCUAGUGUCGUUGCUGCGAAGGAAUGGGAGGAUAUGAUUAGCAGUGAGGGUGAAUGGGGAAGUGCUCCAGAAUAUUUGAGGUCGGCUGCAUGGAGCUGGAUGGUAGAGGAAGACGAUGAGCGAAUUCUCUCGCAAGUUAAUCGACCUCCUGUGAAGGCUAGCCCUACCAAAGCGAGAAGUGCAAUGGCCAGCACCCCUGAGCAGCGGAAGAUGAAUAGGUUUUUUACAGAUUGUAUUUCACUUGCAAGGGAGUUCUUGAAGACUCCAAUGGGGCAGGCCGUUGAAGAUGAAUAUUUUGGGAGCCGUGAAGCUCUUGAGGAGAUCCGCAAAAACGGACUGGCGGUGUUGCUUGUAGCACUACAGUUGAUCCGGGAGGAGUGGAAAUUAGAUGUUGCUAUGGAGGGCGCUGGAAGACGGCUUUGCCCGUUAUUGAGGCAGUUGGCUACCUGGCUGGGCUGGUCCGAGUGGGUUGAAGAAUACAUGCUUGAGGACCUCGAGAUGCUGGGAUGGGAAUAUGAUGAAUCCCCGAUAACUAUUAUCGACGUUCCUCAACAACCUUUCCGGAUGCCCUCAAUAUACGACUGGUUAAUUGGUUGUUUAAACGGGGCCACUCAGACACCAUUCAUGACAUUACAGGAUAUUGUCGGGUCCUCCGGCUCAUCAGCGUCAAUACAGAAACGCGUUUUUGCGAGACUUACACCCAGAACACGAAAUGUUACUGAGAUAUACACCACACUAACUGCUCCAGGUGCUACAGAUGUGGAUGUUGUUGCUCGCAUGGUUGAAUUGAAGAUGAAUGCCGCGAGUCUAGAAAGGCUCCCGGAAGGGAUUGCUGUGCCACUUCGGGAGGCUAUUGCAAGAUGUCAAGAACAACCACCGACUACUUGGGGGGUGCAAGCAUUGGACUUGGUUGGCAGGAAAGAUUUAAGAAUGCUGAUUGAGCCAGGCAAGGGCAGGAAAGAGGGAGGAACAAAAUGGCAAAGUACCCCAACCCACGAAGCGAUGAGGGAUGUCCAUAACAUCUGCAAUUCAACUUUUGAAAACGAGACCAUAGGGUCUUACGAUCACCUUGCAGAGCAUGAUCGGUUAGCUGUCUCAAGGCUUAUAUUCAAGGAGGAUCGACGUACGGCGGAAGCUGCAAAGCUACUCACAACUAACAAACCUGCUAUCGCAAGGUGCAUACCUGAGCCACAUUGGAGCGAACAGGAUACUUUGAAUGCGCAAAAGGAGCUCUCACAGCAUGUAGCAGUCCGCACCUUAGCUGUUCCUCCGGGGAGAGGGCUAUUCAAUUUUUCGGCGCGAAUACCUUUACUAACGGAAAAGUUCCCAAUAUCAGCGUUUAAUCUUUCGACCGUUAUGAAGCCGAGCGGAACGACAGUGUCGGCAGAUAAGAGCACUUAUAGUGAGGAAAAGGUUUGCUGGGCGUUUUUUCAUGCGGGUGUUGCGGCAGGAGUCAGCAUUUCGAGGGAAGCCAAAGAGAUAGAUACAAGCUGGAUUGUCUUUAAUAAGCCUAAUGAGCUAACAAAUCGACACGCUGGGUUCUUGCUAGGCCUUGGGUUAAACGGGCAUCUGAAGAACAUUGCUAAAUGGCAUGCUUUCAACUAUCUUACGCCAAAACAUACUAUGGUGUCAAUAGGGUUACUCUUAGGCCUUAGCGCGAGCUAUCUCGGGACUAUGGAUACUACGAUCACGAAGCUUCUUUCGGUUCACGUAACAAGGUUGUUGCCACUUGGGAGUGCGGAACUUAACUUGAGCCCUCUCACACAAACAGCAGGUAUCAUGGGAAUUGGACUACUAUAUUGUGGCUCUCAGCACCGUAGGAUGAGCGAGGUGAUGCUUAGCGAGAUUGAGUUUGCAGAGAUCCUUGACAACUGCGUUCCUACGGAUACUCUGAGGGAUGAAGGUUACAGACUUGCAGCAGGGUUCGCUCUCGGGUUUAUUAACUUGGGAUCCGGAAAAGACCUUAGGGGAUUACACGAUAUGAAUCUUGUAGAACGAUUGCUGGCAUUGGCUGUGGGCAGCAAGAAGGUCUCGCAAGUUCAUGUACUAGACAAGGCCACUGCGGGAGCAACAGUGGCGUUGGCACUGAUAUAUAUGAAAACUAAUGACGAGGCAUUGGCUAGAAAGGUCGAUGUCCCUGAUACAAUCCAUCUAUUCGACUACGUCCGGCCCGAUAUAUUUUUACUUAGAACUGUGGCAAAGAACCUGAUCAUGUGGGAUGGGAUUGAUGGCAGCUUUGGAUGGAUUAAGGCUAGCUUACGGCCCUUCUUGAGAGAGCGUUAUAAACUUGACAAUAUACGGGGACUCGAUAGCGAAGACCUACCGUUUUUCAACGUUAUUGCCGGGCUGUGCUUUUGUGUUGGACUGAGAUACGCUGGGAGUGGAGAUGAAAGUGCGAGAAACGUGCUAAUUCACUAUUUGGACCAGUUCAUCAGGCUUUGCUGUUUGCCUGCGUUGAAUCAUGAUCAACGGCUGACUAGGGCAACCGUGAGGAAUUGCCAGGAUCUCGUAGCACUCGCUGCCUCUGCUGUCAUGGCUGGCACCGGUGAUGUCGUCGUCUUCCGGCGACUCCGAAAGCUCCAUGGCCGCGUUGACGCCGAUACUCCAUACGGAAGCCAUGUAGCCUCUCACCUUGCAAUCGGUGCUCUAUUCUUAGGCAAUGGCUCCUUCGCCUUCGGCACCACGAGCACCGCUGUCGCCUCCCUUUUCUGCGCCUUCUACCCACUAUUUCCAAAUUCCAUUCUCGACAACAAAUCCCACCUCCAAGCCUUCCGCCACUUUUGGGUCCUUGCAGCCGAAGCCCGCUGUCUCGUAGCCCGGGACGUGGAGACUCACCGACCCUGUGCAAUUCCUAUAACCGUAACCCUCCGCACAGGUGAAGAACUGCACAGGAAUGCCCCCUGCCUCCUCCCCGAACUCACCCAAAUUACCUCAGUAACCACCGCCUCCCCACACCACUGGACUGUGGUCCUCGACUUCGCCAAUAACCCCGCGCAUCUCGACUCCUUUCGUAGCUCGCAAACGAUAUACGUCCACCGUCGCACAGCACACGCCUCUACCUCCACCGUCUUCCAGGCGACGCUGCAAGCCCUCGACGAGACGGAAACUAACAACACUUCCCUAGAGUGGCUAUUGGGAUUACGGGCCUUUAGCUCACUGGAUAAGUCCGAGAGAGCACUAUUGCUUAGUGCUGAUGGGGUUGAUAGCAAUAUUGUGGAUACGAGGUUGGUUCUUGAGAGAGAUAGUGUUAGCGGGGUUAGCAGGGAUCGGCUUAGGGGAGUUAAGCUGCUGUUUAUGUUUUGUGAGAGGAUGGGUGAGGAGCGGGGGCUGUGGCUUACGGGUGAGAGUGUGGAUCGGUUGAAGGCAGGAGUGUGGACGGCGUUUGCAGGGCAGGGGUAGGUGAGGUCUUUUUUUGCUACGGUUUUUCGGUUUCAAGGCUGGUUUAUUUUUUGAUGAGGAUGGGAUAGUGUAGGAUGGGUGGACAGGGAAGGAGAAUUGAGGGGAGAUGCGUUGGGCACAUGUAUUUUAUAGUUGAUAAUUGUGAUUAGUUUGGGACACA